UGCGCUUUGUCGUCCGCUCCGUUCGUGCAAUUAAAAAAAACCGUCCGCCGCGAGCUUUCGACGCUGCAUUUGAUUUUGUCAAAAAAGCUCGGUUCCGCGUCGAUCAACUAUUUUCAAUAACCUACAAUAAUGUUUAUACAAUUCUGAAAACAAGUCGGGCUUGCGUUAAACGGAUGAAAAUUCUGUGAACGGAGAGAGAACGGCGCGUUUUGUUUACGCGAUCGGAGUAUCCAACGACUUUACCCCGCCUCCGUUUCCCUGUAUUAUUGUAUUAUCGGAAAUCCCGGUGUCAACAGUUACCGAUCAAUUUACCCUUUUUUUUCGAUCCGGUACCGCAUCUGCAGCGAUGAUAGUUAAAGCGGAAAUCGUGAUCCUCCAAUGCCUUAUGGGAAAUUACAGUAUGAAGAUUUGAACGCAGGUUUGGUAUAAUAACGACCCGGAUUAUGAAACGUGAACUUCUUACGCCGGAGUGAAUUUACAACCUAUUAUAUUCCUGCGGUGAGAUACAACGGAAAAAAGCUUGCUUUCCGUCGAGCUUCCACCAACACGUGGCUAAUCAGAAAGUGCGUCAUCGGUAUUCCUGGUGGUUCCUAGAUACAGAAAUUGGAUUCGGAGAUUUUUUGCAGGAUACGAUCGAAGAUAUCCAGCGGAACGAUUGACUGCGAGUACCUGCCCUGGAUUCACAAUGGCAAACAACAGCACCUGGGAAAACAUCACUGGGAAUGGAACGGAACCCGAGCUUGAACCGGACAUGAAAUUCAACGAAGGCCACGUGAUAGCCAUCGUUACCUACAGUAUACUGAUGGUCAUUUCCGCCAUCGGAAAUUCGACAGUUCUCGUCCUGAUUCGACGGAGAAAAGGAAACACCAGAUCCCGGAUCAACACGAUGUUGAUGCAUCUCGCGAUCGCGGAUCUGCUCGUCACCUUCAUUAUGAUGCCCACGGAGAUCGGAUGGGCUGCCACUGUGACGUGGAAUGCUGGAGACGCGAUGUGCAGGAUCAUGGCUUUCUUCAGAAUGUUCGGGCUUUAUCUAUCAUCCUUUGUUCUCGUCUGCAUUAGCGUCGACAGAUAUUACGCGGUAUUAAAGCCUCUGCAUCUGAUGAACGUCGACAGGAGAGGAAAAGUCAUGCUGACUAUCGCUUGGGCCGGCUCAACAAUUUGCUCCCUGCCACAGAUGGUCGUUUUCCACGUCGAUAAUCACCCGGUUUUCACCUGGUACGAGCAGUGCAUUACCUACAACACAUUCCCAAGCUACACGCACGAGCUGACCUAUUCCUUAUUCGGUAUGAUUACGAUGUACGCCUUGCCCCUGAUCGUCAUAAUAUUCAGCUACGCGAGCAUCAUCAUUGAGAUAUACAAGAGAUCGAGGGAAUCUUUUACAGACAAAAUGCGACGAUCGUCUCUCGGAUUUUUGGGCCGGGCAAAAAUCCGCACCCUCAAAAUGACCAUCAUCAUUGUUCUGGUCUUCUUCGUUUGCUGGACUCCUUACUACGUGAUGAGCUUAUGGUACUGGAUAGAUCGACCAUCGGCCGAAAAAGUCGACCUGCGUAUACAAAAGUGCCUCUUUUUGUUCGCCUGCACCAAUUCCUGCAUGAAUCCGAUAGUUUACGGGGUCUUCAAUAUCCGCAACAGAAAAAGGGAUCGAAAACCGGCGCGGGCUCCGACGAUAGAAACUCGAGUCACUCCGCUGUUUCUCUCGGUAAAGCUGCUCAGUUGAAAACCAAGAAAAGCAAAGUGAAAAGAAAAGUCUGUGAGAGAGAGAGAGAGAGAGAGAGAGAACGAAACAAUUGUAGCGGAUCUAGACGUGGGAUCUUUACCGAAAGACCGGAGAAUUGCAUGAUGGACUUGAUGCGACGGGUUCUGCACGCUCUACCGCAACCUGCACAAAACACAAACGCAAACACACACACACGCAAACAUGAUACAAUUUUUCUUCCAGUCUGCUGUCCUACUGUAAAUAAUAAAAACAGAAGCACGGUUCUCUUCUUAAAUUUAGGCAGAAGCGAUUUAAUCGUAAAAAUUUUAUCCGUCGAACAACAAUUGGCUGUAACUGAAACAGAAAUGCUUGUCGGUAAUGAGAUAUUUUUUUAAUAAAAAAUACUCAAGCUUGCGUUACUUAAUCAAAAUAUUCACUUGUAACGAUGAGUUUGUAAAAAGGUGAUGGAGGAAAAGAAAAGAUAUUAAUCGAUUAGACAAGUCAGUUUUUCUUCUGACAAAGCUGUAUGUUUGAUAUAUUGAUAAAAAAAAGUUUGUUACGUCGUUGUUUAUUAUUUUUUAUAAACUUUAAUUUUAUAAUGUACUUUUGCAAAUACAUUUACUCAUAGGGUAUAUAUGUAUAUGUCACCUAGUGUGUAGAAUAAUCAGUCGUACUAUUCCAUAACUGUUACUAUAUUCCUCUCUGUAUAUUUUAUCUAUUGUGUGUAAUAUAUUAUUAAAUUGAUCAUUCCUAAUCCUCAAAGCACUGGAAUUAUGUAGAUUCGUUUAAAAUUCUUAUGUUUCGUUCAAUAACGAAACGUCUGAAUCGCAAGUUAGGAAACAAGAAAAACCGAUUAACAAUUCUCCAGCAAUGUUAUUAAUUGUUUCAGCGAUAGUUAACACGAUACAGCGUAAAUUUGAAAAAAUUAGAAUAACGCAUGCUAAAAUGUAAACAAUUUAACGAACAGUUGUAAUUCAGAUGUUCAAAAUAAUCACACUCUGAUAUUUUCGAUCCGAUUUUAACGUUUUCAGGCUCAUUUCGAUCGCUGAUAAAAUCUCCACGAAUUGUCGAAAAAGUAUUCAAUAAAUAUCAAAUUUCAGGAAAUUUUUCCAGAUUUUAACGGUGAUUAAAAUUUCAGUUUAUACAUUUUGAACCUUUCUUAUUACGAAAUAUUUUCUCUCAAAUUGAUGGAAUUGGUCAGGAUUUAUUUCCGUCGAGUAAAUAACAGCUCUGGAGGUUGUUUAAUCGGUUUUUUCUCGUCUUUCUAUCUUUUAAUUCCGCCUUUCCAAUCGAUUCAUUUUCACCUAACAUAUGCCUUAUACUUUGACCAUGCACUUCUGUCCAUUAUGGCAUUAUUAGGGUGAUUCUUAACAUGGCCUAAACGCUUUCAAGUUGAUGAAAAAAAAAAAAAAAAAAUUCCCUAAAACUUGGAGCUCCGUAACAAUUCUCUAAAAAAAAUAUGUAUCUUUCACUAUUCUCGGUGCAUUCGUCAACGACUCGUAUAAACUUUCAAAGAGGAAAAAAAGUUUUUUCAACGUUAUCGCCGCAAGCUACUUCGAU